AUGUCUGAAAAUAGAUCAAGCUUCCCAAAAGCUUAUUUAAAACUUUUUAAGUCAAAUGCACCAGAAAAUCUCGUCAGUGUACAUCUAAAUCAGCAGUCAGUAAUAUGUGAUCCAAAAACUGGUGCACGAAAAUCCCCAUUUGUUUCAAAGUUCGUGGACAAAAUUCCAGUGAAAACAAUGAAAGAUGUUUUUGAAUAUGGCUUAAAUACUUCAAGGUUUUAUCCAUGUCUAAGAAUACGACUCCCUUCCAAAAAUAAAUACUCAUGGCUCAUUUACAAUGAGGUAGAUAAAAAAAUAAAAGCUAUUGGGACAGCUCUUGUGAAAACUGUGAGACAAAGACGUAAUGCUGAAAACUUUGUGGGAAUCUAUGGACCGAACUCACCGGAGUGGGUUAUUAUGCAGCAUGCAUGCGCUGCAUAUGGUUAUACUAUUGUGCCCAUCUAUCCUACAUUUGGUAAUGAAGCAAUACAACAUAUUUUAUCUCAAACACAAGUGAAUUGUAUGCUGUGUAAUUCAGGAACUGAAGCUCUUCAUCUGCUGGACAAGUUCGAAUCUUCUCUUGAAUAUUUAAUCAUCGUUUCAUAUGAUGUUAAAGUUGAAGAAGUUAAGUCUCGUCACGGCUCAAAAGUUUCUGUGUACUUGUUUGAGGAUUUCAUGGAACUGGGAAUGGAUAAACUUCUACCAAAGAAAGAUCCAUUGCCAUCUGACCUCUACAUGGUUUGCUAUACUAGUGGAAGCACCGGAUUACCUAAAGGAGUUAUGGUUAACCAUGAACAGAUUGUGGAUGCUGUAUUUUCCAUACUAGAAGCUUCAGAAAACAAGCUCAUCAAAUCCAAUUCAAGUCAUCUUUCAUAUCUCCCAUUGGCGCAUAUGAUGGAACAAAUACUCUCGUCCUAUUAUAUUAUGAUGGGAGCCCGUCUGGGAUUUCUAACUGAUUCUAUUGAUAAUUUGGUGGUAGACGCACAAGCUUUGAAACCAGGUGUGAUAACAGCAGUUCCACGAAUACUUUCUAGUAUUUACACUAAAUAUCAGAAAUCAUUGGAUGAUUCCAAAAUCAAAAGACAACUUUACAAUCGGAUUGUGAAGAUUAAAAUGGUUGAACAAAAACGUGGAAAAUUCUAUCAUAAUAGUAUCUUGGAUACGUUAUGCUUUAAGAAACUUAGGAAGUCAUUAGGUGGACGUGUAUAUUGUGUUGUCAGCGGAGGCGCUCCAUUACCAACGGAGAUAUCCAAGUUUGUACAUGCUGCAUUUGGCUUGCUUGCUGAGGGGUAUGGAUCAACAGAAACAAUGGGGAGUAUAACUAUUACUUUAGUUGGAGAGUACCGUCUAGGUACCGUAGGUUCUGUCGCACAUGGUGUAGAAGUGAAACUUGUUGAUGUAGAAGAUCUGGGUUUAGAUGCACUGCGAGAUCAAAGAGGAGAAAUCUGCGUGAAAGGCAAACGAUGCACAAAAGGCUAUUAUAAAGAACCAGAAAAAUCCGCCGAACUUAUUGACAAUGAAGGAUGGUUACAUACUGGGGAUAUCGGUGAAUGGACACUAGAGGGUUCGUUGAAAAUUGUGGACCGUCUAAAAAGCAUAUUCAAAUUGGCUCAAGGUGAAUACGUUGCACCGGAAAAAGUGGAAAUGGUUUAUAAAUGCUGUAAAUUAGUAAGCCAAAUUUUUGUGGACGGUAAUAGUAAACAAAAUUACCCUGUUGCUAUCGUGGUUCCCGAUUUUACCGAGUUACGUUCUUGUUUAAACAACGCAGGAGUACUACAUUGCUCAAAACUUUCGGAUCAUGAACUUUCCCAGAACAAAGUUGUAAAUAAAUUUGUCCUAGAACGGAUGAAUGCUGUCGCUGAUGAAAAUAUGCUGAAAAGUUUUGAAAAGGUUCAGGCCAUUUAUUUGACAGAUCAGGCAUUUAACGCUGAUAAUGGGUUGCUAACUCCAACGAUGAAAUUAGCACGUAUCAAAGCUCGAAGUUACUUUUCAAAGAUAAUAGAUAGUUUAUACCCUCAAACUUAG